CCAGUGUAGUGAAUGAACAUGUUGAUCUAUAUUAUUAUACUGCUGUCAUCAACUGAAGGUUCCAGAGCCUCAGAAGUCAUCACUCCAAAAAGAGACAGAGAAUUUGCUCGUGAGAGUGAUAAUGUGACACUCUCCUGUAACUACAGCGGUUCUGCUCGUGGUGUUCACUGGUAUCGUCAAUAUGCAGGUUCACCACCACAGUUCCUCAUACUGGAAUAUUCAGGGGUAACAACUCCAGCUAAUCCACCCGUUCCAGGAAUAACCAUCAAUCACAGAAAAACAGAAAGCCAUGUGGAUCUGAUCAUCUCCUCUGCUGCAGUAUCAGACUCUGCUGUGUACUACUGUAAAAGGACAGCUCCUACUGAUAUUCCUACUGAUAUCAACUACACUGGUUCUGUUCGAGGGAGGUCUUCAUAUCGUCAAUACUCAGGUUCACCACCAAAGUUCCUCAUAAUGGAUUAUUAUGGGGCAGUUACUAAAGCUGAUCCUCCAGUUGUUGGAGUCUCAAUCUAUCACAGAAAAGACAACAGUAGUGUGGAUCUGAAGAUCUCCUCUGCUGCUGUCACUGACUCCGCUCUCUACUACUGUGCUCUGGAGCCCACAGUGAAAGGAAAUCCACUGCAUGCUGUACAAAAAGCUGUUUAA